AUGUCCUCAGCAGAGAAGUUUCAGGCACAUCCUCCGCCCUAUCAGGUGCGCGAAUUCACCGUCGUGCCAGACUGGUUCAUCUACGAUGGGAGCGCAGACGAAGAGGCAGCUUUCCCAGCAAUUACAGACAACUUUGGUCUGGUGGAGGGCAAGCAGUGGGGUGACCUAUUGAACGAGGUUCGGCGUCUCAAUGAGUCGUCCAUGUCAUCUGGCUCCUCGGAGCGAUACAAGCUCGUAUAUGCAGCACGUCAUGGCGAAGGAUGGCACAAUGUUGCCGAGUCCAAGUACUCCACAAAGGAGUGGGACGCCAAGUGGGCCCUCCUCACCGGUGACGGAGAGAUGACAUGGGGACCCGAUCCGGAGCUCACGCCCCUCGGCGAAGAUCAGGCUAGGGACGUCAAUGCAGCUUGGAAGGUGCAGAUUCAGAGGCUACAAAAGGGUCUCGAUGCCGCUCCUCUGCCCACUAGACUAUUCUCCUCGCCCUUUAAGAGGAGCGCAAUGACCUUGCUCCUCACCUACCAAGGUAUCCUGCUGCCUCCAGGCACUACGCCGUCCGAUGUCAAGGGAGUCACACCCGUCCCUGCUCCCUACGUGAAAGAGGACCUACGAGAGCAAUACGGUGACGACCAUGAGGCGGUUCACCGCUCCUCCAAGUCCAACAUUCAACAGAGCUUUCCCAACUAUGAGAUCGAAAAGAGCUUCACCGAGCACGACGAGAGAUUCAAGGUGAGCCCUUCUACCGCUGCACCUCCCAUCAUACUCGAAAAAUUGAGAGAGAACUUUAGAGAUGAGCAUACUUGCGAUGAGAGGAGCACGAGGAGUCAGGUGGCAGCGUAUACGCCAGGUUGGGAGAUUGAAGAGGGCUUUGCUGAACAGGACGAAAAGUUUGGGGUCAUCCACGAGAGCAUAGACGCAAUGACCUAUCGCGUUGCAGAUGCCCUCCGGGACAUCUUCCACAUCGCAGCCCCCGACGAAGUAAUCCACAUUUCCUCCCACUCGGGCGUAAUGGAAUCCCUCUGGCGCGUCACGGGCCGCAGAGACUUCAAGCCGGCCACGGGAGCUAUUGUGCCCUUGUUGGUCAAGUGGUCACCACAAGAGGGGGAGGCGGGAAAAGCAAAGUAA